GAACCUGUGUGUUAGGUCCUUUGCACCCGCCCCGGAAGGCUAUGGCAGUGGGUACUGUGGCCGCAGCUCUCCUUGCUGCGCUGGGCGGAGCGCUGUGGCUGGCGGCCCGGCGGUUUUCUGGGCCAAGAGGCCAGCGGCUGCAGGGAGGCAGUGACCCGGGCCUCAUGCACGGGAAGACAGUUCUGAUCACCGGAGCAAACAGUGGCCUGGGCCGCGCCACGGCCGCCGAGCUACUGCGCUUAGGGGCGCGGGUCAUCAUGGGAUGUCGGGACCGGGCACGAGCGGAGGAGGCGGCGGGUCAGCUCCGGCGGGAGCUCAGUCAGGCUCGGGGUCCUGACCCCGACGCCAACGACGGCCAGCUGGUCGUCAAGGAGCUGGACCUUGCCUCGCUGAGCUCAGUGCGAGCCUUCUGCCAAGAACUGCUACAGGAGGAGCCCAGGCUGGAUGUCCUGAUCAAUAAUGCGGGAAUUUUCCAGUGUCCGUAUAUGAAGACUGAAGAUGGGUUUGAAAUGCAGUUUGGAGUGAACCAUCUGGGCCACUUCCUACUCACCAAUCUUCUGCUUGGACUCCUCAAAAGUUCAGCUCCCAGCAGGAUCGUAGUCGUUUCUUCCAAACUGUAUAAAUACGGAGACAUCAACUUUGAAGACUUGAACAGUGAACAAAGCUAUAAUAAAAGCUUCUGCUAUAGUCGAAGCAAACUGGCUAACAUUCUUUUCACCAAAGAACUAGCCCGUCGCUUAGAAGGAACAAAUGUGACUGUCAACGUGCUGCACCCUGGUAUUGUGCGGACAAACCUUGGGAGGCACAUACACAUCCCACUGCUGGCCAGACCUCUUUUCAAUUUGGUGUCAUGGGCUUUUUUCAAAACUCCGAUAGAAGGUGCCCAGACCUCCAUCUACUUAGCCUCUUCACCGGAUGUAGAAGGUGUGUCAGGAAGGUACUUUGGAGAUUGUAAGGAGGAAGAACUCUUGCCCAAAGCUAUGGAUGAGUCAGUAGCAAGAAAACUGUGGGAUAUCAGUGAAGUGAUGGUUGGCAUUUUAAAGUAGGAGUAAAGACAAGAGGGCUAUUCAUAAGACUGUCCAUCACACCCUUGGUCGGGAACAGUAUGUUGUGAGCAUGUGCUGUUUGAAAAUGCUUGGUUUAGCAGUGAAGCUGCUGAGAGGCACACGUGGACAUUUGACAGGCAUUGGAGUUAUUGGGGCCUAAUACAAAGUUCGAGAAAGAUGUUUUAAGUGUAGAUCAUAACUAAAAUGACAGAAUUCUGUUUUAUUAAACGUCAUAAUUGGGCAAUUAUGAAUGCUAAAGAUAUUGGUAAUUUAAAAGAUAUCAUAAGGGAGUUUUAAAAGUCUUUGAGUUUCAUGGCAGAAAUGUUAAGAAUUUUUACUGCAAUGCUUGUUUUGUAGAACUAAUAUGCCCAGUAUAUGCACAUAAAUUAUCACUUGGAAUAAAUGUAUGAUGGAGAUGUUUCAGGGUGCAUUUCUUUAGAAGUAGCUGAAUGCAGCCCUUUAGCUUAUCCUCAUUAGCCUUUCUUGGACCAGGUUCUUUCUGUCAUAUCCUGCACACUGCUGAAAAAUCAUGUUCCUAAAACUCCAAUC